AUGGCGCCAAACGGUUCAAAACGAAGAAAGCUGGCCCAUGACUCGUCGGAUGAUGAGUCUGGGGCUCAGUCCUCCUCCAAGAACGCCCAGAAAUCUUUCUUUAAGCACGCCUCAAACUGGAACCUCGAACAGGACUACGAGUCGCGCCCGCGCAAGGGCAAGAAGCAAAAGGAGAGCAACAAGCUGCCCAUCAAGACGGCCGACGGAAGGAUCGAGCAUGCGCAGGGGGAUGACGACGAUGCAGCGUCAAUUGAGAGCGACACCGAGUGGCUAGAGGGUCGUGAGGAUGAGUUUGAAGAGUGGGAGCCGGAACCGGACGAGAUGGUGAAGGAGCCUGAGGUUCCUGAGCCGCAGCAGAUCCGAGAGGCGCAGGAGGAGCUGGCAAAGAUAGCCAUGGCUGUCAAUGAGAAUCCGGAGGAUCAUGUCGGCGCAUUCAAGGCCCUCGCCAAGAUUGGGCGCUCCAAGAUCGUUGCCAUCCAGAUGCUCGCCCUGGUCACCCAAAUGUCUGUCUACAAGGAUGUCAUCCCCGGAUACCGGAUACGCCCGGCGAACGAGGACGCCGCCAGAGAGAAGUUAUCGAAGGAGGUGCGGACGCUGAGGCAGUACGAGCAGGCCUUGGUCUCGGGUUAUCAGACCUACAUCAAGGAGCUCGCCCGGUGCUCCAAGCUGGAGAUCAGUGUUGCUCGAGGUGGACAAAGCCUCGCCAAUGUGGCCAUUACUUGCGCUUGUACUCUUCUUACAUCGGUGCCUCACUUCAACUUCCGCGCGGACAUCAUCAAGAUCUUAGUCAACAAGCUCAGCAGGCGCAAGAUCAACCAGGACGGCGUCAAGUGUCUACAAGCCUUUGAGACGCUCUUCAAGGACGACGAGGAGGGACGGCCAACUCAAGAGGCAGUGUCACUGCUCUCAAAGAUGAUGAAGGCACGCGACUUCCAGGUCGACGAGAGCGUCGUUAACCUCUUCCUCUCUCUCCGCCUCCUCUCCGAGUUCUUCGGCAAGGCCUCGCAAGACUAUGUGGAACAGGACAAUUCCGCCCAGGGCAAGAAGAAGCGCGAGUUCCGGACCAAGCGCCGGCGCAAGGAGCUCAAGGAGCAAAAGGCGUUGGACAAGGACAUGGCCAACGCCGAUGCGAUGGUCAGCCAUGAGGAGCGCGACCGUAUGCAGUCCGAGACCCUGAAACUAGUCUUUGCGACAUACUUCCGUAUCCUCAAGCUUCGUCUGCCGCACCUCAUGGGUGCUGUCCUUGAGGGUCUCGCCAAGUACGCCCAUCUCAUCAACCAGGAUUUCUUUGGUGAUUUGCUCGAGGCCCUCAAGGAUCUCAUCCGACACAGCGAGGAGGACUCAGAGGUGGACCCUGAAGCUGAGGGAGAGAACGAGGAAGAGGAUGAAGAAGAUGACGUCCCUGUCCGCAACCUUACCCGUGAAGCCCUCCUCUGCACCGUCACUGCAUACGCCCUCCUCGCCGGCCAAGACGCCCACAACAGUCGCAACGACCUCCAUCUUGACCUCUCCUUCUUCACCACCCACCUCUUCAAGUCCCUACUCUCCCUUUCCACCAACCCAGACCUCGAGUUGACCCGCCCUGCCACAUCAUCCGCCUCAGCCACCACCAAGAUCAACGUCCAGACUACGACGGUCCUCCUCCUCCGCUCGCUGACUGGUAUUCUCCUUCCCUCGUGGAAUAUCCGUUCUGUCCCGCCUUUGAGGCUCGCCGCAUUUACGAAGCAGCUCAUGACGGCCGCGCUGCAGCUGCCGGACAAGUCAUGCCAGGCGGUUCUUGUGCUGUUGAGCGAUGUGGCGCACACGCACAGCAAGAAGGUACGCAGUCUGUGGGAUACCGAGGAGCGCAAGGGUGAUGGCCGAUACAACGCCGUGAGUGAUAGUGUUGAAGGGAGCAAUCCCUUUACGGCGACCGUGUGGGAGGGUGAGCUAUUAAGGAAGCACUUCUCGCCCAAGGUCAGGGAGGGCGUGAAGCUUUUGGAAAAGGGUAUGUCUGGAUAG